UAUUAUCACUCCAAACGUACUACGAGCCAGCUUAGUGUUGGCCGACCCGCGCGUUCGUACGCCCGAUAAAAAAAUGUACAACAAGACGAAAAAAUGUAUAAAAUGAGCACUUACUCCAAUUUGCGUAUUAGUCGGGAAACGUGGGUGUGAGAGUGAACUACUGUUGUUGCAACAAAAAAUAAAUAAAAAAAUAAAUUAACAAACAAAAAACAAAAAGUGAAAUAUUUUUGGGAAAAAUAAAUUGAAAAAAAAAAAAAUUUUGGAAAAUGUUUGCGAUAUUUGUGUUGUUCGUGAUCAGUUUGGCAGAUUUGACUCUGCAGGCGGAAUGGACCUAUAACCAGGAAUACCAAUGGCCGGGCGUCUGCAACGUGGGGAAGCAACAGUCCCCCAUCAACAUCAUGACUAACGAGGCCGUGGUGGACACGCAUCAGGUGCACAUACGAGGCCCCCUCGUCUUCAGGGGGUACAAUGAUGUACCUCUGUAUGCUGUUAAUAAUGGACAUACGUUGAAAUGGUCAGGCGUGGCGGAUGGGCCGGCGCCAAUCCUGCAAGGAGGACCUCUCAGAGGGAACUACACCUUCCUGCAGUUCCACUUCCACUGGCUCUCUGAACACGCCAUCGAUGGAAUGAAAUACCCCCUGGAAGUCCACAUGGUACACAUCAAGACUGGUCUGACCCUCGAUGAGGCUUUGCUAAGAUCUGAUGGAUUAGCAGUCGUUGGUGUCAUGUUCAUGGUACGGAAUGGCUACGAUAGUGGUCGCGCUCUGGAAGAAAUCAUACCAAUGGUGCCCUACCUCGGUGACAGCUCACAGAACAAGACCGAGGUUCAGAGGAUUGAUGUUUCGCGUCUGCUGAGCCAUCAACCUCAGUCUUACUACACUUACCACGGCUCCCUGACCACCCCAAUGUGUCAGGAGGUAGUCACUUGGAUCGUUAUGGACAAACCAGUUUACAUCACUCCGGAACAGUACAAAAUGUUCACCAAAGUGGAUGUCGGCGGUGACUUCAACUACAGAAGCCUUCAGCAUCCCAAUGGCCGUGUGGUGUACAGGUCUAUAGCAUCCUGUGCUUCCAUCCUCCUGCCCACCGUCCCUGGCACACUCCUCAGUCUCCUCUCCUGCUUAUCCACCACCCUCGCAGCAGGAGUCAAUAAGGGCAUCGGCAUAGUUCUCAACGUCAAAAGGAAAAUCUUCGGAGAUACCGCCAAAAAGUGCAUUAAGCUUAACUAGAUCUUCAACCAGGUAUUUAAGGGUUUUGAAAAUUAGGAACUGCCAAAUUUAGAAGUUAAUUAAGCUGCCAAUUAGUGAAAAGUAGUUGACUGGUAGUUUGAUGUGCCAUAUUCCUAUCAAAUUGAUAUGAAGUUCAAACGUCACGUGGCAGUGGUUUUAGAAAGAAACUUUUAGGCAAUAUUUCGUCUCUUUCAGAGAUUUAAUGAAAAGUUCUAAAAGACGUUACAAAAGACAGUGUUUCUAAGAAACAAAAUAAAUUAUAUGUUUAGAAAAAUUGUAGAAUGUGUCUUCUAGGUGUGUGUGCAAUAAGUAAAUAAAUUGUUUUCUAUCGACAAUAAUACGACAAAGACAUAAUCAAGGGAUGAUAAUGAACCUCUUUUUAAAAGAAUGCUCUUCAAGGCUGUUUGAAAAACGCAAAGUCAGAAUACGGAUGUAUUUAUCUUCCCAAAUCCAGAUCCAGACGAAGAUUUAGGCGUAAUCCAUAAAACACGUAAUCGUAAUACGUCGGUAAUCAAAAUGAUAUUAAUUAUCAUUAUCAUAAAUGUCAUAAUGACGUAUUAUUGUCGAAUUCUAGUCAUCGGCAAUUUAGAUUGUUCAACUAAUCUAGCUUAUUGUGCACCUGUUGAUAAAAACGUUUCAGAUGUAAGAUUUCAUUUGGAUAUCGUAUUUAAGAUCGUCACGCGAUAAUCUUUGUUCGAAAAUUAAAUUUUAAUUAUUAGCAACGGAUAAUUCUGGCUACGAGUACAAGUUAGAAAAUGUAAUAGUUAUUUCGCAUUUCUUGCCAAGUUUGCCUAUGCUACAUAUAAGGCCAGAAAAAAUACCUGUAGGUAUGUGAAAAUAAAUGUUAGCGAUUUAAUAAUAUGUAUUAAUUGUCAAAAAUCGCUUAUAAACUGUGUCUAAAUUGAAUAGCAAAUGACAAAAUUUUACAAUAGGUAACAAGUCUGUAAAAAAGUAUAAUCAUAUUUUCAAUUGUAUUAUACAAAAUGAUUCUCUGCUAAAUACAAAUAAUUUUAAAAUUGUCAAAUUCAUAGGUAAUUGUUCUAUGAAGACAAUCAUGAAUUACUUACUAACACACCUAAUCUACAAUAGAAUGUUUAUUUUAUUCCGACUCAGCAUAAUUUAAUAAGAUUGCAUCGAAUUUUUGCAUAAUUAGGGAUUAUCGCUUCAUUUUUGUAGCAUCAGCAAAUCAGCAUAUGCAUGCAUAAAAACAAAACAAUAACAUCAUGCUAGGAAUUAUUAUGAUUAGAGUUUACGGUAAUCCGCUGACACAUUUUUGAAAACGUGUCUCAGUGGUCAGUUACCCACUCAUAAAGUGCUCAAUGACAUAACACUGUAAUUCUUUAUCAAAUAAUAAAUUAUAUCUCUAUUAUUAUAAAGAUUAUAUUAUACACCAAUAAAUAAGAUUUAUUGGAACAAUAUUUUUUAUUUGUGAAUAAAUUUCUGUUUAUUUCAUUGUAAUUUAUAAGUGCAUAAUUAUGUGAGUUAUUUAAUCUGAAUUGUAUUAUAAAUUUUACAUAAAACAUGCAUUUAAACAAAGCGUGGCUUAAAAAUAAAAAGUUUACUGAUGAUAUUCACAAUUCAAUUGUAUUUAUUUAGUUAUAUUUUUAAGAUUGCAUUUAAAAUGUAUAUAAGAAAAAUAUGACAAGUUAAAUAAAUUAUUUUAAGAUUUGAAUUACGUUCUAUUUUAAUAAUAAAUGUUUUAUGAUUCAAAUAAAUGAAUUAUUGGCUGUGAAAACUGAACGAUUGUAGAAUGUGUGGAUGAUAAUUAUGUUUUUAAUUAUUUUAAAAUAAUUGUACAGUAUAUCAUAGUGUUUAAAGUUAUUAAAUAACAAUACAAUAGCAA